AUGGAGGACAACCCUCUGUUCGCGUUCGAGCAGUCCGUCCACGGCUCACCCACCGGCUCGUCUGCCUCCUUCACCGCCUCCUUUAAUGGUGGUGCUGCUCCGCCGCCACACCCUACACCUCCCUCCGCCGCUGCACUGAUGAUGGUGAACAUCAAGUCCCAUGUGCCUGUGGUUCUUGACAUCGUCAACCCGAACUAUCAAGAAUGGCGCUGCUUUCUCGACUCCAUCAUCGGCAAGUUCGGCCUUCUUCCCCACAUCCAAGCCGCCCCCACUGCCGCACAGCUCGCCGACCCGGAGUGGGUGAUGAAGGACCAGUGCCUCGUCAACUGGCUCUUCAACACCAUGACCCGCGAUGUCAUGCGCAUCGUCCGCGUUCCCGGUGGGAACGCCGCCGCGUUCACGAUCUGGAAUGCCAUCGUCGAUCAGUUCCGCGACCACCAGCUCCACCGCGCCGUGUACCUGGAGUCCGAGUACAGGAGCCUGUACCAAGGUGAUCUCAACGUCACCGACUACACCGCCAAGCUGAAGGAGCUCGCCGAUGCCCUUGGCGACCUUGGCCAGCCGGUCUCCGACCAGUCCCAGGUCCUCAACAUGCUACGCGGCCUCAACGACAAGUACCGCCACUGCAUCGCCACCAUCACCUCCAGGCAGCCUCCUCACACCUUCCUCUCCGCCCGCUCGUUCCUCCUGCUGGAGGAGCUCUACGCCACAGAACACGGCAAGAUGGCGACGCAGCACGCCAUGCUCGCCCAGGGCGCUCGUGUGCAGUCGCCCCGCCCCGCUCACCCCUCGCCGACACCUGCCUCGGCCGGUCAGCAACAUGGCGGCUCCGGCUCUCCAUCCGGUGGUAACCGCAACCGACGCCGUGGUCGCGGCAAAGGAACCGGCAACGUCGUGCCGGCCAACGGCCCGGCCAAUCCCUCCACAGGCAGCAACGGCGGACCUUCCCCCACGCCACGGCCUACCAGCUUCCCCAACACUCUAUGGGCCGCGGCAUACAACCCUUGGCAGGGCAUGGUCCAGGCGUGGCCCAUGCCCUUCCGCCCUCCUACUGCCGGUGUCCUCGGCCCACGGCCCGGAACGCCUCCCCAGCAGGCCUUCUACGCCGGCCCCUACGACGCCCAGUCGAUGCAGUCCGUGCCCGCGCCUGUCGAUCCGAAUGCCAUGCUCGCCGCGCUCGCCAACGCCGGCGUUCCUCAGGCAGGCACCAGCAACUCCGACUGGUUCCUGGACACGGGAGCCUCUUCACACAUGACAUCGGGUACCGGUAAUCUUCAUCACAUCCGCCCCCUAAUCCCUUCUUCCUCUGUCACGGUGGGCAAUGGUACUCGUAUGCCCAUCACCCACCUUGCCAGAUCCUCCGUUCCCACCUCCACUACUCCUCUCUCACUCAACAACGUUCUCAUCACUCCAUCCCUUGUUAAGAAUUUGAUUUCUGUCCGUUCGCUUACACGUGAUAAUAACGUUUCUGUUGAAUUUGAUCCCCAUGGUUUUUCAAUCAAGGACCUACAAACCCAACAGGUGAAGCUCCGAUGCGACAGUCGCGGUGAUCUCUACCCCCUGCGGCCACCUCAACACCUCGCUCUUCAUGCCUCUGCCUCUGCCGAUCUCUGGCAUCAACGACUGGGCCAUCCCGGGCGCGAUCAGAUGGCUGCGGCGCUGCGCAACUUCAACUUCACCUGCACCAAGUCCAGCGCUCAUGUCUGCACCGCUUGCCAGUUGGGCAUGAUAGAAUAA